AAGGUAGGGUUUCCGAUAGUGAAUCGCGACAUUGUGCUUCGAUUGGGUCACCGAAGGCUAGGGUUUCCACCACCACAGCCACCUUCAUUAUCAUCAGGUUCCUCAAAUUCUACAUUGACGCCGCUGUCUUCUCUUUCUCUCUCUGCUUCGAACCCCCAUGGGAGCUCUCCGCAUUACAACAUGUUGUUACAUUGUUUUGCAAUUGCUGAAAUUGUCAAUUGGAGAAUCUUUAGAAGAUCCAAUAUAUUACGUUUUAAUGCGACGCCCUAACAAUGUCCAAGUCUGGAAUAGUGGAAAGUCUCUUGUCAUGGGCAGAUUCUGGAAUAGUGUUUCCUGCGGUGAAUUCUUUGGUCAAUCGCCUGAUAAGGACUCGGAUAUUUGUGGGUUACGUGAGAUAAAUGAUCCGCCUGACAAACAGGAAGAAGGAUUAAAACUUCAGCAAGGUCAUUUAGAAGGAUCAACAAUUAUAUAUGUACUUACCAGAAAAGAAACAUUAAGCAUAUCAAAGUUUCUUUGCAAGUGUCAUAUGUAG